UGUCAAGUAUAUAUUGUGCCUGAGGUAAUUAAUUUAGGAAUUUAAACGUGUUUCCGCCUGCAUUGCUUAUUGACUUUUUUCUCCGCUAGGUGUCGUCAUUAUAAAGUCACAAUAUAACUACCAGUCGGUACUUGUCUCUCGUGCACAUUUGUUUUGUUUACAAUUACAAACAGGUUACUCUGUUUUCUCUGCUCCAAUAUUUGUUUUUAAUUCAGUUCCAGUGUGAAAUUAACAGUUUAUUAUAUUAAUAAUUAAUCAUUUAUGUUAUUCAUCUUAAGUGUUGUUAAGAACAAUGCUUAUGUAUUUGAGUUGAUUGUUUUUCAAUAAUAUACAUGUGACUUAAGUGUUGUUGUGUUGUGAUUAUUGACUAUAAAGAUUAAAUAUUACCUCUAAUUAACAAUCAUUCAAUUUUAUUGGAUUAUAAUAUAUUUUGAUACAUGGAUGAGUUUGUCAGUGAUAUUUUACGACGAUGGAAUCUUGAAGAUUUACUUCAAAUUUUUGAAGAGGAGAAAAUUGAUGAAGAAGCAUUUAAAGCAUUGGAUAAUGAUGCAAUAAAUAACAUUAUUCCUCGAUGGGGCUGGAGAGUGAAAUUUAAAAAAAAAUACGAAGCUUUCAAAAAUAAUGAAAACAGAGAAUUUGACGGAGAUGACAUAGAAGUGAAUGGACUAUCACGACGUCUGAGUCAACUCCAACCUCCUAAUAAUUCUUUCCUGAACGUCCCAACUAAUCCUCUACCACGUCAAUCUAUCAAUAGAUUAACUCUACGAACAUUUUUAAACUCAAGUUUGAAAGGAAAAAUGAUUUUAAGAAAAUAUGAGUCAACAAAAACAGUUGAUCGCAAUAAUCUUUGCGAGCUCAUUAUUUUUGGAGAAUUCGACGAUAAUGAAAAUUACAAAAUAAAUGAAGAGAGAUUUGUUCAUUUGGCCAAUGAAAUUAUUGAACUUUUCCCUACUGAGUUGCGAGAAAUCUAUUAUAUUCCUCGAACAAUAAACGAUGGUGGCAUAGUCAUUAGAGCUUCUGGUUCAUUAUACUCUAAAUAUAAUAAUACAAGAAGAGAAUUGAAUGUAUUAGAUAUGAUGCCGAAAGAUCUAUUGAAUAACAACAAACCAGUGCAAAUGACUGAAAGUGAAUCUGCCGACUUAGUGGAUGAUAACAUUGAAUGGCUCCAAAAUAAUUUAGAGCCAUUUGAUGAAAUUAUGGAUAAAUGGAUAAAGACAAUUGAUAAGCGACACCAUUUCAAAAACAAGUCAAUUGAACAAUAUUUUAAUACCUUCGAGUGCUUAAAACAUUCAGAAGGAUAUAAAUUGUUACUACAAGACUUUGAUUCAAUUUACCCUGAUAAAGUAGAUAAAUUUUAUUUAAAAUGGCCAGUAAUUGCACCUAAAAUCAUUAAUAUUGCCAAAAAAAAAAAAUUUGCCGAAGCAAAAAUGUGUAUAUCAAAAUAUAGUCGUUUAAAUGAGUCAGGUCACCAAUCGCUUCUUGCUCUUUUAUUAUUGCCUUUACUUUUCACGACAGUGAACAUAAAGUCAAAAAAACCUGGGGAACAUUGGAGACCAGAGAAAGAAGACACCCAGAAAUCAUUUUUACUCCAUAUUGAAACAGAAGAUGAGCUGAUAUUUUAUCAAAACGAAAGAACUAAAAUUUGCGAAAAAUACAACUUAAGUGUACAACCAUAUGUUGUUAUCUCUGGGCCGAUCAACAAUUUAGUGUCGUCAUCAGUGCAUAUAAAUAAUACCAAAUACAAUUUUGAUUCCCCUGAAGAAGCCAUUGAUAGCUGUUUUAAAUUUUAUUAUAGCUUAAAUGCAGAGUACACAGCUGAAUGCAGACAAGUUUGGACUUUUCUCGCAAAUUUUAUUUAUGAAUUUAAUGAAAAACAUAGUUAUAGCUCAGUGUAUAAUUUAAUUAGUAAUCUUAAAUGUUAAAUAAAUUGAAGAUCAAACACUAUUGGUUUUGAUAUUUUAUUGGUAGAUAAUUUUUAUCAAUUUUUAAAUAUAACUAAAAAUAAAAAAAAACUGUAACAUAAUGGCAUCUGCAGAUGAGAUCAGGAU